AUGGAGAAUCUUAACUUAGCCCUUGUUUCUUCCCCUAAACCUCUGCUUCUGGGACAUUCCUCCUCAAAAAACGUCUUCACAAGAAGAAAGCCUUUCGCUUUUGGGACUUUUCGCGUUUCUGCUAACUCUUCAUCCUCUCAUGUCACCAGGGCUGCUUCUAAAUCUCACCAAAAUCUAAAAUCUGUGCAGGGGAAGGUCACUGUGCAUACUUUUGCUAGCAUUUCUUCUUCAAAUAGUCAGGAAACAACAUCAGAUGGAAGAACAAUGGUGGAGAGUAAGACAGCAGACCUGAGAUCUCAAAUCAGGCGAAAAGGUGACACAAACCAAGCUUCAAGUAUAAGGAAUCCAUGGCAGCAAUCAGAUCAGACACAGUCUCAUUCUAAUCAUGAAACACAACUUAAGCAAUCCCGAGACGUGGCAUUGGCAACAGCAGCAAAAGCAAAAUUACUUCUUCGUGAGCUAAAAACCGUUAAAGCGGAUUUAGCAUUUGCUAAAGCGCGCUGUGCUCAACUUGAAGAAGAAAAUAAAUUACUCAGGGAACGAGAAGGAAGCGAUAAGGGACUUAUCCUGGAUGAUGAUGAUCUGUGCAGGGGAAGGUCACUGUGCAUACUUUUGCUAGCAUUUCUUCUUCGAAUGUGUAAUCAUACUAUUCUUUCUUUCACAUAUAAAAAAAGCUAUUUACCUGAGGAGAUGAGGAAGCCUUCUACCUUUAAAUGGAUGUUGCAGAAUCCUGAGUACCGUCAACGACUUGAAGAAAUGCUAAACAACAUGGGUGGAGGCACUGAAUGGGACAGUCGAAUGAUGGACACCUUAAAGAAUUUCGACCUUAAUAGUCCUGCUGUUAAACAACAAUUUGAUCAAAUUGGGCUUUCUCCCGAAGAAGUCAUUUCAAAGAUUAUGGCCAAUCCUGAUGUUGCCAUGGCAUUUCAAAAUCCUAGAGUUCAAGCAGCUAUCAUGGAUUAUUCACAGAAUCCAAUGAGUAUUGCUAAAUAUCAAAAUGAUAAGGAGGUCAUGGAUGUCUUCUAUAAAAUAUCUGAACUCUUCCCUGGAGUUUCAGGCCCCCAUUGA